GCGGGGAGGGGCAGGCAGGGAAGCCGGCGAGGCUUGGGGCUCACCUGCGGGCCGGUGCGCGCCGCCCGCCCCGCCAGGCCCGGCCGCCGACCCGGAUGCUUCAGCCGCGCGCGGGUGGUGGGAGCCCCCGUGCGCCGGGUCCUGCGUCUGCGGUCUCCCGCCACCCCCGCGCGCGCACCGCGACGCCAGGGCCCCCGAGGGAGCGUCGCGCCCAAGGUCACCCUGCGGCGGAGGCGGCGGACGGACCUCGGCGGACCCGAGCGCUUAGAGGUCCAGCCGCCCUGUGUCCCGGCCUUCCGCGACCUCGGGUUCGAACCCAGGCCGGGAGGGAAAGGCUGCGCCCGGACGUCGCGGAUACCUGCUUGUUUACCGCCGUGUCACCUCUGUGGCCGGCGGUGUCACCUGCUGUCACCUGCCCAUUCUGCCUCUGAACUUGGCCCCUGUCAGCUUUGUAUUUCUCUCCACUCUGUGUCUCUCGAGCCCACCCCGGAGUGGUUGAACCUUGUUUUUAUCUCUGCCUCCGCCUUGCUUCUGUGUCUCUCGUGUUUCCCUCUAGGCCCUUAUUCCCAUUCACGGCCUGCCUGUAGGUGCAGCUCUUCGGCCACCGGUGUUCCUCCUAGGCCGCCGGUUCUGGCUUCCUCUCCUGUUUGUGCCUCCCCUGGCCGGGUUUGUCUGGGCAGGGCGGGCCGGCCUGCCCCGACCGCUGAGCCAUGGAAGGUGACUCAUGAGCCCUCGAAGCUUCCUGUCCUGGUGACAUUCUCAGUGACUAGCCUGCAGUCUGGCUCAACGCUGACAGGUGUCUGCCCAUCUCGGUGUCAGGGUGCAGGAGCCCCUAGCGGGCAGACGGCGGCCAUCUCAGAGCUCCGGUGACUGAUGCACCCUCGCCUUUUCUCACCCACGGUUCUUCAGGCCCCGCUGCGCGGCCCCCUCCUUCCCUUUGCUCCAUCCCUCACCCCAGGAUGGCCUCCAGGGCUCUCAGCAGCUGCUUCACCGGACCUGUCUGCAGCCACUGAACAAGAUUUGUGAUGAAAUGGAGCCUGGAACAAACUCUUUUCGAGUAGAAUUUCCUGAUUUUUCCAGCACCAUUCUGCAGAAACUGAACCAGCAGCGCCAGCAAGGACAGUUAUGUGAUGUCUCCAUUGUGGUGCAGGGCCACAUUUUCCGGGCACACAAAGCUGUUCUUGCUGCCAGUUCGCCCUACUUUUGUGACCAGGUGCUUCUGAAAAACAGCAGGAGGAUUGUUUUGCCUGAUGUGAUGAACCCAAGAGUGUUUGAGAACAUUCUCCUGUCCAGUUACACGGGACGUCUAGUAAUGCCCGCUCCAGAAAUUGUUAGUUACUUAACAGCAGCAAGCUUCCUCCAGAUGUGGCAUGUGGUGGACAAGUGCACUGAGGUUUUAGAGGGAAACCCUACCGUCCUUUGUCAAAAGCUAAAUCAUAGCAGCGAUCACCAGUCUCCAAGCAGCAGUAGUUACAAUGGCCUGGUAGAGAGCUUCGAGCUGGGCUCUGGGAGCCAUACUGACUUCCCCAAAUCCCAGGAACUGAGGGAUGGAGAGAAUGAAGAGGAGAGCACCAAAGACGAGCUGUCAUCUCAGCUCACUGAGCACGAAUACCUUCCCAGCAACUCGUCCACAGAGCACGACCGGCUGAGCACGGAAAUGGCAAGCCAGGACGGGGAGGAGGCGGCCAGCGACAGCGCCGAGUUCCACUACACCCGGCCUCUGUACAGCAAGCCCAGCAUAAUGGCUCACAAGCGCUGGAUCCACGUGAAGCCGGAGCGCUUUGAGCAGGCGUGCGAGGGCAUGGACGUGCACGCGCCCUACGAUGAGCACCAGGUCACGGAGUCCAUCAACAACAUGCAGGCGGAGCACUCGGUCCAGCCUUCGGGAGUAGAGGAAGACUUUCACAUCGUGGAGAAAAAAGUGGAAGCAGAAUUUGACGAGCAGGCUGAUGAAAGCAAUUACGAUGAGCAGGUGGAUUUCUAUGGCUCUUCCAUGGAAGAGUUUUCUGGAGAGAGGUCAGAGGGCAAUCUAAUUGGGCACAGACAGGACGCUGCCCUACCAGCAGGCUACAGUGAGAAUAUUGAAAUGGUAGCAGGGAUUAAAGAAGAAGCUUCCCACUUGGGGUUCUCGGCCGCUGACAAGCUGUAUCCUUGUCAGUGUGGGAAGAGUUUCACUCACAAGAGCCAGAGAGACCGCCACAUGAGCAUGCAUCUCGGUCUUCGGCCUUAUGGCUGUGGUGUCUGUGGUAAGAAAUUCAAAAUGAAGCAUCACCUCGUGGGCCACAUGAAAAUUCACACAGGCAUAAAGCCGUAUGAGUGUAAUAUCUGUGCAAAGAGAUUUAUGUGGAGGGACAGUUUCCACAGGCACGUGACUUCUUGUACCAAGUCUUACGAAGCUGCAAAGGCUGAGCAGAAUACGACUGAGGCUAACUAAAAAUAGUAUCUGGCCCUUGAGUGGCAGGCACCAAAAUAAAAGAUGGUAAUUAUGCAAAUCUGGGCACAGAUGAUGUGUGCUACUUGCUAUUAUGAGAGAAGCUUAAAAAAAUGGAAGAUAUUUCUGAAAGACCAGUUCUAAGUAGGCCAAUUAAAAAAAUCCAGUUCCUCAGAUUUGUAUGUUCUAGUCCAGGUCUGGAGUAGGUAAUGGGGGUAAAUGAGCCCCCCUUCCAGCUGGCCAGGUACACCUUUAGGCUUGUUGUGAUUGGGGCAGGUGGACUUGGUGAUGGAGAUACCUGCACUUGGAACUGGAUGCUAGCCCACCAGUUCCCUUUCAGGUGGUAGCCGUUUUUGAUCAUUUGUUACAAGGUCAUGGAAGCUUAUUUUGCUCUUGGCUAUAGAUACUUAGGUAAUGUGGAUUUGUUUUGGUAGCUGCUUUACUGAAUGAAAUGCUACUUAUGUAAAAGCUACAAACAAUGUGAUUCUUAGGAUGCGAAAUUGAUUAACAGAGCUUUCAUCUGGUUUUCUUUCUAAAAGGGUAUUUUAACUAAAACUAAGGAGAUAGUAAGAGGGUGACAGUUGAAGUGUAAAACAGCUUAUGGUACAAGCUUCGAUUUCUGUAAGACACCACUGUCACAGUGUGUUUCAGACUCUUGAUAAGGCAGAAUUUUGUAUUUAGUACUAGCAUUUAGUUUGAACAAUUGUAUCUAAUUAUAAUUCUCUCGUGUGUCAGAGAUAGAUAUUUCUAAUUGGCUUGCUGUCCCAAAUCCGUUAUGUUUUAACUGUAGCAUCCACACAGUGGGAUCUGCUCUACGGCUAGCAGACGGCUAGCCUGCUGUGACUGACCACGGCAGUACACCACUGGCUGCUGUAGCCUUCUGCCCUAUCUUACAUGGUUCUUCCCAAAGAGGUCAGACCGUGACCAGUUAGUGGGAAGGAGCCAAAAGUCACAGCUGAGAAUGACCUGUGAGCUUCAUGAGUAAAUAGAGUGCUGCAAUGACACUGCCCCCAGCUGUCAGAGUGAGAGUUGCCGAAUAGCAGAUUGUGAGUGGCAGGUCACAGUGCAGGGAGAGAAACUACACAAGAAGAGAGGAGUCUUGGAACUACAUCGAUAGGGGAGAUUUAUUCCCUGAGAGGGUCACACUGAGCUAAGGCUGCCAGGUCUUUUGGGAGUGCUGGGAUGUGUUUUAAAAGAGGGGAAAGAAGGAUCCUAAUUUUAGAAAGUAGUCUACAGAUUCAUGCUCCCAAAUUAUAGACAAAGCCGCAUAAAUUUACAAGUCCACACAGCUAGCUAUACCUAUCAAAAGCAACAAGAUGAGCAGCUAUUCUGAGACCUUUUCUCCAAUCAGUCAGAUGUUUCAGGGUGAAAAGCAAGCCUAUGUUCAGGAUGCUUUUAAGCUCUGUAAUAGACCUGAAAUUAUCACCAGGGUAGGACAGGGUGCUACUCUAUGUCAACUUUUCCAUAAACUUACUGGUCUAUUCCUUCCAAGUGGAAACCUUUUUUUCCUGAAAAUAAAAAUAACUUUUCUUGGA